AUCUCCAUGUGUUACUCCUCCGCUGUCUUGAAGCUCCUCCACCAGCAUGAUGUAGUGGAAAGAAUACGAGAUUCUGGAAUUAGAAAAACUGGGCAUGAGUCCCAGACUCUGCACUACCAGCUGUGUGACCUUGGAUCCUUACUGGAAGGCAGCAUGUCCGAUCUUACCUUGAGAAAAACAUCUCCCACAGGAAAUGAUAUGAAGAGUACCGCUCAGGGGACUACACUGAAGCAACAGGGUUUUCACGAGGUGAACAAAAGAAGGACUUUCUUACAGGAUAACAGCUGGAUAAAGGAACGUCCUGAAGAAGAAAAAGAUGAAAAUUAUGCUAGGGUGGUACUUCAUAGACGUAACUCCCAUGAUGCCUCGGACAGGAAAACAAACGAGAGGGAUGAGCCAAAAGCCACAAUCAGUUGGUACAGAUCUGAUGGCACUUUGGACAGGACCUCAGACAGAAAUGAUGCUGCUAAAACAUAUAAGGCCAAUACCCUGGAUAACCGACUAACCAAUAGAAACACGUCCACGUUUCGAUCACCAGAAGAGACAAAGAUGCAACCUGGAGGUCUGUUCAGUGCAAAUGCCACCAACACCCCAGCUUCCAACUCUGCUACUACUCCUGUAAAGAAAAAAAGGCAGUCCUGGUUUCCACCGCCCCCUCCAGGUUAUAAGGCCGCCCCAAGCACAGGAGCGAGGGGAAGGGAACCAACUGUUCACCCUCCAAUACCUCCAAAGCCCAGUUCUUCUGUUUCAUCUCCUAACCAGCUGAGGCAGGAUAACAGGCAGAUAUGUCCACCUAAACCAAGUGCAUAUACAGAAACCAACAGAUCUGCUGAAAGAAAUAUAAGACCCAAAAGCCUUGAAAAUCUCCUCGUUGUGAAUGCCCGGACAGACAAAGAUGGCAAAGGAGGUGAAGACCUUGAUAAUGUUAUCAAAGUGAAUCCCAAAGAAAGUGAAAACACCACUGGGAAACAAGACCUCGAUGGGCUUAUUAAAGUGAAUCCUGAAACAAAUAAAAAUAUCAAGAGGGGCCAGAGCCUUGACAAUCUCAUCAAAGUGACCCCUGAAGUAAACAGAGGUAACCCAGGGGGCCAAAGUCUUGACAAUCUCAUCGAAGUGGCUCCAGAAACAAACAGAACUAACCAAGGGAACCAAGACCUGAACAAUCUUAUCAAAGUGACUCCCUCAGCAAAUAAAAGCAGUGAACAAGAUCUUGAUGAACUUAUUAACGUAAGCCCCAAAGCUGUCAAAAACACAGCCGGAAAUCAAGAUCUUGAUAAACUCAUCAAAGUGAAUCCUGAAACUCUCUCCAACAACCAAAGAAACCGGGAUCUCAAUAACCUUAUCAAAGUGAAUCCUGAAGUAAUCAGAAGCAAUCAAAGCCAAGCUUUGGACAAUCUUAUUAAAGUGAAACCUUCACCUCUCAGAAAUACUAAGCGAGACCAGGACCUAGAAAAUUUAAUUGAAGUAAAUUCCAAUAUGUCUAAGAGUAAAAAUGAAAGGCAAGAUGGCCAAGUUAGUGGGUCUACUGAGGCUUUAAUCAGCCCAUCUUCUAGAACCACUGCCUACUCUUAUGAAGCACAGAAGGCGCUCAGCUCCAAUGCUGAAACCAGGCAUGCAGGACCAAAGGAUACUGUUGUGUACACAAGGACGUAUGUGGAGAAUAGUAAAUCACCAAAGGAUAGAUAUCAGGAGGGUAUCUCUGGAAAAUACAUACAAACCGUUUAUUCGACUUCAGAUAGGUCUGUCAUUGAAAUGGAUAUGUGCACUUACUGUCGAAAACCCUUGGGCACAGAAGCUAAGAUGAUUUUAAAUGAAUUACAAAUUUGCUGCCAUUCCACUUGCUUCAAGUGUGAAAUAUGCAAACAACCUUUGGAAAACCUACAAGCAGGUGACAGUAUUUGGAUUUAUAGACAGACAAUACAUUGUGAACAUUGCUACUCUCAAGUUGUAGCAAAGUGGAUUCAGUAAUUCUGGCACAUGAAAAUCAAGAUGAAAGCAUUCACUAAGGAAUUAAAAUUUUUAUUGUAAGAACAUAUAAUCUAGAAAAGCUUUUACACCAAAGAUUGACUCUGGUAUAGAAUUAACAACUCUGCUAUUGCAUAAAUAAUCUAAUUGCCUCCACUAAGGUCACAUACAUAAAGGGAACCAUCUGGUAUCUGGUUAGAUUUAGAGAGCAAAAAUUCAAGUGGUUCUAGUUCCCAGCGUCAAAGGAAGGAUGCUUCUGAUGGCAGUGAGCAUUGUCAGCCUUGACCAGGUCCAUCUCUGCUCAGUAUUAGGCUGUGUGUCACGGUUUCCAUUAUAGACAAAUUUACCAUUUUCUCACCUUUGUUUCCCUAAGAAUUUGGAUUUACAGACGUAACUGAAGUCUUGACAAAACUGUCAUGGGAGCAAGAUAUGUUUCCUUUAUGUGCAAAAGUAAUGUUGAUAGAAAUUUUGGCAGAAAGAUAAAGUAUGGCAGAAAGAUGUUAACGUAUAAAGUUGUAUGGACCUCAGAAAAUCACUUAAACUUUUCAGAUUUCUGUGCUAUUAUCUGUAACAUGAGGGGCAAUGGACAAAAUGAUUUCUAAGGUCACUUUCUGCUCCAAAAUUAUCAGAUUCGAAAGCAACUUUUUGUUUGCUCUUUAGAAGCAUACCUGAAUCUGUGUUUGUUAGGCAUGUUGAACUAGAUAGGAUAUCUAAACAAUCUAACCUUGGUAUCAUCCUUCAGUUUAUCACAGAUAUAAGUUUUGUAGAAUGUGUUUUAAAAACAGAAAGACCUGCAUUUAUGGGUAAUGGGUUAAAUCAUAUGACAUGUAGUGUUUACAUAAUUUGUCAAGUUUUCCUUGCAUGCAUUUCAAAAUCUGGUUUCAUAAAUGAUCUAUGAGAAAUAAUGAAAGUUAUGGACUACAAAGACAUGUUCUUUAGCAUGCUAUAUCUAUUCCUAUUACAUAGCACUUUAUAUUUACA